AUGGGCAAAAAGGUCAAACAUGGGAAAAGUCGGAAGGAUAAGUUCUACUUCCUUGCCAAAGAGACAGGAUUUAGGGCAAGAUCUGCCUUUAAACUUAUACAAUUAAAUCGUCGAUUCAACUUCCUUGCUUCGUCUAGAUUGCUAAUCGAUCUAUGUGCAGCACCCGGUGGCUGGAUGCAGGUUGCUGCAAAGGAAAUGCCUGUAGGCAGUCUCGUUAUUGGUGUCGAUUUGGUACCAAUCAUGCCUAUUCCCAACUGCAAAUCUAUUGUUGCCGACAUAACCACAGAUAAAUGUCGUCAGUUACUCAGAGCUGUAACUCUCAGCAAUAAGGCUGAUGUUGUUCUACAUGAUGGUGCCCCAAAUGUUGGGACAGCAUGGAGCGUCGAUGAAUAUAGUCAGGCUGCUCUUUGUCUGAAGGCCUUCGGGUUAGCUACUGAAUUCCUACGAAAAGGUGGUUGGUUUAUCACGAAGGUCUUCAGAAGUCGGGAUUAUGAGCCUCUCAAGUGGGCCAUUUCCCAAUUUUUCCGUAAAGUCAGGGUUCUAAAGCCAGAGGCGUCCCGUCAAGAGUCAGCUGAAAUCUUUCUUGUUUGUCAAAAUUAUUUGGAUCCUUCUUCAAUCGAUCCCAAAUUUCUUGAUCCUAAACACGUCUUUGGCGAAGUAGAAGUAUCCAAAUCUCGCGAAUCUGUGGUCUCUUCCCUUCUCAAACGAACAAAUAAGAGAAAGAAGGCCGAAGGGUACGAUGAUGAUAAGCUAUAUAAAGAAACUCUCUUAUCUGAGUUUAUGGAAUCGGAUGACCCUCUCAAAUGUUUGGCUAGGACAAAUAAAGUUGUAAUUGAUCGUCAAGACCUUAUGAGCCAUCCGCUGACUCCUUCAUUUGUUGCAGAAUGCUUGUCGGAUAUUCAGGUGUUAGGAAAAGCUGACAUAAGAGAAGAAGAAUCACAAAUUAAGGGCACUGAGAUGGAUGAAGAGGAGCAAACACAGCGUGAAGUCGAGCGUCUCUUGAAGGAGGAGCAAAAGAGUUCAAAAAAACGUCUUAAAGCUGUUCGGAGGGCGAAACGCAAGCUUGCUGAGCGCAUAGUUCUAAAAAUGGAGCAUCCAGGUGAUGCAAUCGAACAGAACAGCGCAGGUGAACUUUUCUCCCUUGCUUCCAUUGGUGGACGGGAUCUUGAAAGUCUCGAAAGCGUGGAGAAGAAGUUGGUUGAAAAGACGGGGCAUUCAGCGGCAGAUUUGUUCAUUUUGAACAAAGAAAGGGUCGCCAAACGUGAAGCACUUCGCAAGCAACGAGAAGAAUUCCGUCGUGCCGUGGAGGGUGGUGAAUACAUACGCUUCGAACGUAACACUGAACACGAGAUUGAUCUAGGUGUUAUAGAAUCCACUCGACGUAAGUCAUUUUUCUCAUGCUUUUUCGAUCGGCCUUCACGUUUCGAACCUCAUCUUGAAUCGGUUCUUCCUCAUCCAGCGGCCAUCGCCACACAUGAGUGUGGCGAUAUCUAUCUUAGUUCCAGUGAUGACGAUAUCGAUAACAAUAGUGAAGUUAGUACUAGCAAAGAUGAAUUCGAAUCAGCUCUGGAUAGCGAUGACGAUCGUAGUGACAUUGGCGAGUGUGAGGACCUGGAUUCAAGUGAUGAAUCAGAAGGGGAGGAUGAAUAUGCAAAAGCGUUGAUCAAAGAGGCAACUUUCAAGAAGAAAAAAAACACUGUCUCACUUCUUACUGAUCUUGAUCCUGCUGACGAGGAAAACAAAAGGGACAGAAAAAUUGAGGCUUGGUGUACUUCGACCGAAGUAAAAGAGCUGAUGGAUGUUGAGAAGUCCGUUAGCGAUGAAGCGAGCCUGAAGGAAUCUAAGCCCAAAAAGCAAAAGUUGAAUUCAAGCCCUAGGAAACGGGUCUCUUUCGCUGACAACAUUGCUCCCUGUUCUGAGGAGGAGCAAAGUGUGAAGGAAGCAGUUGGGGGGUCGGAUGGGGAUGGGUUAUCAUCCGACACUUCUAGCACUGAUGGUGAAGAAGCUCGACCUCGAUUGCGGAAAAAGAAACUUCGGCGCCUUCGACGUCCUCUUACCGCAGAUGAAAAGGCGUUGGCUGGACAACUAAUUCAAUCGGCAAAAAGUCGACGCGACCUUCUUGAGUGGAACUUUCAUCGGUACCGUUUCUUUGAAGACGAUAGCACUCUUCCUGACUGGUUUGUCGAUGAAGAAAAAAAAUUUAUGCGGAAAGCUCCCCCCAUCGAGGAAUCCAAAGGCCUGAUUGCCAGACCAAUCCAGGGCAAGACAUUAAAAAAGGCCGAAGAAGCGAAGGCGCGAAAGAAAAUGAAACUGACCAAACGCCUUGCCCGAGUUCGCAAACGUGCCGAAAAUCUGCCGGGCGAUCUCACCGAAAAGGAGAUGUGGAGUAAAGUUAGAACGAUGUACAAGAACGCGGGUCUCCUAAAGAAGAAGCGCCGACCUAUUGCAUACAUUGUAAACACGAAAGCAGGUUCACGCAGUAAAUCUCAGGCGGUUCCUCGGGGUGCCAAGAUUAAACUCGUCGACCGACGCAUGAAGUCGGAUCUUCGAGGGGAAGCCAAAUCCGUGACAAAACGCGGUAGAAAGAGAAGUCGCAAGAGGGAUCGCUGA